AUGGUUCCCACCUUCACCGACGACUGUAUUCAACAUUCCCUGCUGCUGAUCGAGAAGACCAAAGUUUCGCCCGAUUCUUAUAUUUUUCGCUUCGAAUUGCCCUCCGAAGAGCAUGUUCCCGGCCUAAAACCUCAUCAACACGUAAAAUUGCACGCCAAAAUUGAUGGAGAGCCGGUCUUUCGAAAAAUGACCCCUAUUACGGACGAUGACACGGCCGGCUACAUGGAUUUGCUGAUCAAAAUUUAUCAGCAGACCCCGGAAUAUCCGGACGGAGGCCUUUUCACCCGAUGGCUGGAUACUGUGGAGGUCGGCGAGGACGUGCUGAUUAGUGGGCCAAUUCACAAAGUGUGUUAUGAGGGUGAGGGAGUGUUUUCCGGACGGAAAGUAAGCCAUUUGAAAGGGCGAAAGUUCAAAAAUAUUAUCCUUAUUGCCGGAGGCACUGGGAUAACGCCAAUGUAUCAGAUCAUCACUCAUAGUUUGAAAUAUGACAAAGAUGACAUCAAUAUAUGGCUGUUGUUUGCGAAUAGGACUACCAAGGAUGUAUUACUAAAGUAAGUUGGGUUUUUUUUUACUUUUUUUUGAAGUUUUGUUGUUUUUGGGGUACCAAAUGGGAAUUUGAUUGUCCAAAUAAUAAAAAAUAAAAUGUUGUAUCCUUCAAGUAACCCCUGUACACUAGUUUGACAUUUUUUGACACUAGAACGUCCGUUUUUCGCAUAGAGGAACACUUGACCCAAAAAGGUCAAGUCUUCCUUUCUUUGAAGAAAUUGUCGAAAUUUUCGUAAUAAGACCUGCGGCAGGUUGUAAAACGGAUUUCAGAGUAAAAUUAAGAUGUAAUUUUGUAUUUCCACACUACUUUUAUUUCACAAUAUUACACUUGAUUUUUUAGAGAAGAACUCGAUAAACUUGCCGCCGAAAACCCCCGUUUCCACGUCUGGUAUACUGUUUCCACUCCGGAUGACACAUGGAAUUAUUCGGUAGGAUACAUUACAAAAGAAAUGAUCUCAACACAUCUGCCAUCACCUUCUGAAGAUACGAUUACCCUUGUUAUUGGACCUCUUGGGAUGAAGAAAUUCGCUGUUUACCCUGCGUUGAAGGAGCUAGGAUAUCCGGACAAGCUGGUUAUUUAA